ACCCCAGCCCUGCAGGCGGUUUGUCAGCCACGAGGGAGCAGGGAGGAAGCGAAUCGGCCCCUCUGUCCCUGCCAAGAGCGCUGGCAGGAGCUGGCCAGCCCCUCCUGGAGCGGGCCAGCCGCGACAUCGCCCAGUACUUCCCCGAGUUCCCCGCCUUCGCCGCGCGCUGGGUCUUCAUCGCCACCUGGUACCGAGUCACCUUCUUCGGGGGCAACUCGCUCUCACCAGUAAACACUUUCCAGAUUGUCCUUAUCACAGAUGGCAAGCUCUCCUUCACCAUCUUCAACUAUGAGUCCAUCACCUGGACCACGGGUAUGCACGCCAGCAGUGGGGGGGACUUUGCCGGGCUUGGCGGCAUCGCAGCGCAGGCAGGUUUUAAUGCUGGUGAUGGAAAACGCUACUUCAACAUACCCGGAUCCCGCACCGAUGACAUCGCUGACGUGGAGAUGACGACAAAUGUGGGUAUCCCCGGGCGCUGGGUGUUCAGAAUCGAUGAUGCCCAGGUGCAAGUGGGGGGCUGCAGCAAUACAACCUCUGUCUGCCUGACACUGCGGCCCUGCCUGAACAGGGGGAAGUGUAUAGAGGACUGCAUCACAGGGAACCCUUCCUACACCUGCUCCUGCCUGGCUGGCUUUACUGGGAAGAGGUGCCAUGUUGAUGUGGACGAGUGCCUCUCCCACCCAUGUCAGAAUGGAGCCAUCUGCCUCAAUGGUGCUGGCAGCUUCAGCUGCAGGUGUCCACUGGGCUUCCGAGGUGCCAACUGUGAAACUGAAGAGUCACCGUGUGAGAGCAGAAUGUGCCAGAACGGUGGGAGGUGCCAGGUGGUCAACGGGACAGCAGAGUGCUUGUGCCAGCUGGGCUAUACAGGGGCAGACUGCCAGACAGAGGUGAACGAGUGUGAGUCCAGCCCGUGCCUGAACGGUGGGCACUGCAUCGACCUGGUGGAUAACUACACAUGCGUGUGCCUGGAGCCCUUCGUGGGACAGCGCUGCGAGACAGACUCCUCUUCCUGUGAGGACUGGAGCUGCCGGAACCGGCAGACGUGCAACUACAUCCGCCCCGGCCGCUACAUCUGCACCUGCUCCCCAGGCUACUAUGGCAACAACUGCCAAUAUGGUGGGCCCCGUGUGCCUGGUGCCUGCCUCUCCCAUCCAUGCCAGAAUGCAGGCAGCUGCCUGGAGACAGAGCAGGGCUACGUCUGCAAAUGCCAGGAGGGCUACACCGGGCAGGACUGUCGAGACAAGCUCUCGGAGGGCUGCGAGUGUCGCAACGGGGGCAGUUGUCUGGAGGGGAAUGUCACCAUUUGCCAGUGCCUGCCUGGGUUUUUCGGUCUCCUCUGUGAAUUUGAAGUCACCACCACGCCGUGCAACAUGAACACACAGUGCCCAGAUGGUGGUUACUGCAUGGAGUAUGGUGGGAGCUACCUCUGCGUCUGCCACACCGCCUAUGGCACCAACCACACGAUGCCAUCCCCCUGUGACUCAGAGCCCUGCCUGAACGGGGGAUCCUGUGAGGUUCACGAUGACUCGUACACCUGCGAGUGUCCUCGGGGCUUCCUUGGCAAGCACUGCGAGAAAG